AUGGGCGCCUCGUCAGGGGCUCGCUUUCGGCUCCAAGCCAGCGCGGGUCUCAGGUGCCGUGAAGCCGAUUCACUCGGCUGCCGGCUUGAACGACACGAGGACAUGCAAGCAAGAGCCGAUGGACUUGUCCGCUGGUUCCAAGAGCUGAAGGAGAAUGAGGUUCCAGAUGUCGUCGUGUUCAACGAAAUCUUCUCCAAAGCAGCCAGCACCAUCUUCAGACGGCUCUGUAACCCGCAAUGGAGGCGGAAUGGAUGGUAUGCGAAAGACAAUGUUCUCGCCUGCAGCAGUGCUGGGCACUUCGGCUUUGCCACGAGAGUGCUGAAUCCCGCUGGAUGGGUGAAAAUUUCAGGUGGGGUAGUGAUCAUGGUGCGGAAGGGGCUGUACAUAGCAGAUUUCCACGAGGAGGCAUACGUCGAUCAUGAUUUUGAAGACGGCAUGUCGCAGAAGGGCUUCAUGCGUGUGCGAGUUGGGCAUCCUUCCAUCGGGGAUGUGUGGGUUAUCGGAUCCCACGUGCAAGCGUGGCCCCAGAAUGCUGGUAUUCGCGUAAAGCAGUGGAAGCAAAUGUGGAGACACAUUGACACGACGAUCCCAGGGGGCUCCAAGCUGGUCAUUGCAGGAGACAUGAACACGGAGACGUCAGAGGUUGAAACAAUGAAGAAAGAACUUCAUUCAGAGAGCUCGCCUCUCGACGAGUCCGGUUUCUGGCUUCCGCUGCGGACACCGCUUCCGUACAGCUCGUAUGGUGGCGCUGGGCAGAAUGCAUAUCUGCAUUAUGAUCACCAGGAAACUCAUGAAAAGAGUCCGCAUGAUCAAAUCAUGUACGUGUCAGCUGGGAAUAAGUAUCUGAGCCCGAAAAACAUGACAUGGCAAUACUUGCCUAUGAAGUCUGAUGCCUGCUUUCCGAGCGCGAUAACCACACCGAACAUCUCUGUGGAUGACCUGUCUGACCACUAUGCUGCUUAUGCUCAGCUGUGUUAUGGCAGCCGCUGUGAAAUUCAGCAGCUAUCAGGUCAUCGUGGAUUCACCGGCAUAGGCUUGGGCGAUGAAUUUCGCUGUUGCGCUGGGCGCGGCGUGGUAGCUGGCAAGUGCUUCGACUGGGCGCCUGGUGGAGUGCACGCCGGGCAGAUUGGUCUCAGCAGUUCAAAGUUCUGCACCAAAUCCGGGAAGCACACUUGCACGACCGAAGUGCAAGCUGAGAGCGUUGAAGAUUGCUAUGUGAAGCUGGCUGAGAUGGAUCUUCCAUACGGCCUUAUCAAGUGCCAGUAG